CCCCUUCCUUCCUGACACUUGCGACUCAUUCACCAAGGAUUACUGCAGCAGUCAAACUGACUUAUAUACAGAUGGCAUCAAAUACAACUCUUCUCCAUAAGAUUCUCUCUGACAUCUCAAAUCACCAUGCAAACACUACAGUGGACACUGGAGACUUUGUGAAUAAGAUCAGAAUUGUCCUCCUCAUCAUCUUAAUUUUCUUCGGCACCACUGGGAACUCUGUGGUCAUCUGGGUGGCUGGCUUGCGUAUGAAGCCCAAUGUCACUAACGUAUGGCUGGUCAAUCUCGCCAUAGCAGACCUGAUCUUCUGCAUGACGCGAGCUAUUUCUCUCUCCAAAAAGCUUUUUUUUAACAACUGGCCUUUUGGACUCUUUCUCUGCAAGUUUAUUGGCUUCUUCAAGUACGCCAACAUGUUCUGCAGUGUUUUUCUUCUGGCCGUCAUCAGUGUGGAUCGAGCGCUCUGCGUUUGCCAUCCAGUGUUCACCAGAGAACGACGGACGUUAUUUGCCGCUCGUGUGGUCAGUGUUGGAGUUUGGAUUGUGGCUGUGAUCUUUAGUUCACCGUACUUUGUGUACCGGGAAGUCUUUCUCGACAAGAACAAUUUGAGCCACUGCUCACUGAAGGAGAAAGGAGCAGAAGCGGGCGACGAUUCAGCAAAGUAUAUCUACUACUUUAUUCGUUUCAUCUGUGGAUUCUUGUUGCCCUUCCUGGUCAUCCUCAUCUGUUACAUACUAGCUGCUGUUGGGAUACGCAGAACACGGCUCUCUGGAAAAUCAAGGCCUCUUCGGAUUCUUGCUGUGUUGGUCUGUGCCUUUUUCUUAUGUUGGGCUCCAUACCACUUUAUAGGGCUGGUCAAGUUGGUGAACGAAGGCAACGAAGGGGUAAAAGUGGCAUUGAGUAUGGCUUCAAAAGUGGCCUAUUUCAACAGCUGCAUUAACCCGGUUCUGUAUUUCUGCAUGGGACUGGAUGUUCGUCAACGCUGCAACCAAAGUUUGUCUGGGAUUUUUCACAGAGCACUUAUGGAGGAAGGCCAUAGUCUCUCACAUGAAGGCAAUGGCGAAGAAAGCUCCAUUCCAAAGACUGCAAAAACUGAUUGUGUUACUGUAGUUUAAAGGAACUUUUUACAGGGAUGUUUUUAUGAUGCAUGCAUUGUGUCCUCCACAGUUUCCUUUAAAAAUAUACAAUAUAUUUACAAGACAAAGACAGAACCAAAUAAGAAUUUAAAUAUACCAUUUUUGACAUAUUAUUUUCUGGUUUGAAUUAAGUUAUUUAAUCAUUAUCUUGUCAAACAGCUUUUGAAAUGUCAGUCUUUUUCAGUACAAAUAGAUAGGAGCUUUACUUGUUUGCCUACUAAAAUUUAAAUUGUUGAGAAAAGUUACAAAU